AUGAGUGUGCUGCAGAGUAUAUUGGCGAAGUGGACGAUCUCCUUUUUAGGAGAUGCAGACGUUAUCACUUCAAUUCGCAAAUUCAAUCAAUUAGAGCAAAUCACAAAGAUGUUGCGGCAAGUCGGAAAUCGAAUUUUCGGGCUAGGGCAACGUUCAUCCGUGAGUCGAGACAUAGGUUGUGGCUCUGCUAUUGCUCCUACUCUAGCAACUAAUUGGUUAGAUGGAGAGAAAUCCGUAAAGAAUACGAAAAAACCGAAGCAUAUCUUCCUUCCACCUGUUAAACUGCACUCCAGUAUGUUUGUUGAGGAUGCAAUUAAGGCGGCUGUGAAGGAUUAUGAGCGAAAGAAGGCAAAGUUCAAUGACAAGGCAGAGAGUGCGUGA